AUGUCGAACGAGCACUUUGUAAAUAAUUUAUNUGAGAAUGAGGAGAAGAAGUCACAGUUGGAGACUAAAAGCUCGAAGACAAAGGGUCCAAGUGCAGGUAGCAGAUCGUUACGGUCAGAGAAGGAAUUGAAGACAAACGAAGAAGCAACUGAAGAAAAGAGCACUGCUAUUAUGUCGACCAGAAGACGUGCUGGUUCUGUGCCCAAGGAAACAGUGGACACCAUCAGGACUCGUAGAGCGAAUAGCGUUGUGAAAGACAUCAUCCCAGAGGAAGACUCUGAGUCUUCAUUGGUAAUGGCAAGAAAAAAGCAUACAAUGAUGGCUAGUGUAAGCAGUCCAAUUGGAAAUGCCAGAAAUCGAAGAUCAUCGAUACAGUCGAUACCUGAAGAAUUAGAAGAAAUACUAAGUGUACCAUUGAAGGAGAGAAUAUCGGUUGCAAGCAACAAGGAACAGACUACGCAAUUCCCUAGACAAAGAAGAGCUGCGAGCGUCGAAAUUUCACAGGCAGACACAAUUAAAAGAACUAGGAGUACCCGCAAUAAAGGCAUAAUACUCAAACAGACUAUAGCUGAAGAAGAAGUGACGGACGUGGAGGUUCAAGUAGAUGCAAAAGCUGCGAACGUUAAAAAAACUAUGGCGAAGGGGAAGGAUAUCUCGGUGGAUGCUGGUACCAAAGAGACUAUCGAAGUCACCCCAAAACUAAGGAAGGUUACCCGAAGGCUGAGCGCCAAGCAAGAUGCUAAUGAACAGUUCUCGUUUUCUCAACCGGACAAGACAAAUGAUCCACCAUUGGAUCAGAAAGCUAUUAAAGAAGUGCCCAAUUACGUGUUUUCUCCGCCUCAUACCAGGUCGAAGACCAUAAUACCUGAUAAUCGAGAUUAAACAGCUUUAUUCCCAUAAUGAGUGAGGAUGAAUCAGAAGAGGAAGAAUUACAGCAUAUUGUACAGAGAAAGUCACAGUUUAAAACCACGGGUAAUUGAGUUCGGGUUUUUGUAAAUCAUUGUAAAACAAAAUUUUUCUUGCCUGAAAGAUCAAAUAGCACGUCGAAUUAAAAGCAUUUCAUUUUUAAUCAGUUCUCCAACUUUAAUUGGACUAUGCACCGUCAUAUUUAUAAUGGUUAAAAAUUAUGAAUAUUUCUUCCUGUAAUAAUAAUCUCUUUUUUAAAUGA